AUGGGAACUUUCCGGACCCGUAAAGAUAUCCCACCAUGGGUGAAAAUUCCUGAAGACCUGAAAGAUCCAGAAGUAUUCCGAGUCCAGACACUGGUGUUAAAAUUUCUGUUUGGCCCACACGGCUCUCGAAUCCCUCACUUCGAGAAGGUGAGCCAGGCUAUGUUCGAACUGAAGACCCUGGAGUCUUCCGAACUCACCGAGGUCUUAGUUUAUGGCUCUUACAACCACAAGCUUCGGGCCAAAUGGAUGCUUCAGUCCAUGGCUGAGAGGUACCGCCUACGCCAGGAGAGAGGAAUGCUCCACCUGGAGGAAGCCAUGAAGACCCUGGAACUAGGAAAGUGUUUGGAGUGA